AUGGCUGAUCAAGACGAGGGUGGGAAGCGUCUUGUCCGGCUGACGAAGCUCUUCAACGGGGUUAUCAAUGGCCAUCGCGAACUGAAGAGCAUCGCUGAUGGAGCUCGAUUCUUGGAGGCCUUGUAUGCUCAAGAGAGUGCCACCAACUGCGUGGAGCGUAUCGUUGCCGCCCAAGGAGGAAUUAGCGCUGUCGCCAAAGCCUUCCGCCUGUCAAGAGAAAGCGACUUCCUUAAUGGUCCCGCCACUUCCACUCUUCGUUAUCUUGCGGACCCCUCUUUGAAGCAGCUAUACGGCGGAACCUUCUUACAUCGUAUCAUUGAAGCAAUCGUCGAGCCCCCUACUUUCUGGAACACGCUCUGUGAAUCUCAUUUUGCUGGCAGUCUGUCUCAGGCCGCGACUCAUGCCUUUGCUUGGCUUCUUCUGGAAAUUUUAUCUGCCCCCGCAGUGGAAGGAUUCCCGGAUGUACGAAGCGUUGCUGAACAAGUGACCAGCAAUGAAUCGUUGAUCAAUGCAUCUAUCCUGGAGACGCGAAACCUUGGUCACAAGAUCAAACACUUGCUCGAACGAACGUCCAAAAACUCCUCAGAAGGUCCAGGUGGGCGUCACGACAACGACUUCGCUGACUUCCGCAAGAUUAAGAUUCUGCCUACUCCAGAUGAGUUCGCUUCGGUGGAGAGACCGUUCUAUCGACGAGCUGAUGCGAUCAAGGAGGUCGAGCCUGAGGAACGCGGCCUGUUGCACUUGGAUAACCAAUUUCGCUUGUUGCGAGAAGACCUUCUGGGUGAGUUGCGAAAUGAUUUCCAGAUUGCUGUUGGUCAGAAAAGAGGCAGACGUAAACUGGUAUUGGAUGGCCUCCGGUUCGUCGGGCUCGACUGCGGGACCGAGACCAGGCGGAAGUUUUGCUCUCUGCAGCUUCUGUGUGGUAACGAUAUCCCCCAGAUUGCGCGGCAUUCCGACCCAGCAGCUAGAAAGAAGGUUCUUGCGGAAAACAAGAACUUGAUAAAGCAUCAGGCGUUUGGCUGUCUCAUCUCGGAGGGAGCGGUUCUUGCCUUUGCGAACGUCGAGAGAGACGAGGAUAUGCUUUCGCAGAAGCCUCCUAUCAUUGUCCUUCGCAUCCAAGACUCGCAUUCCCUCAGCAAGGUACUCCAGACUACCAAAACUUCGGCAGAAUUGCGUUUCGUACAAGUAGAUACCGCCGUUUUUGCAUACGAACCGAUUCUCAGAUGCCUUCAGAGAAUGACUGAAUUACCCAUGAAGGAGCAGUUAUUAGACUUGGAAUCAAGGUCAAGCGAGGCACCUUCUCCGGUUGUCCCGCCAAGAGUCAUAACGUGGAUCCGAGAUCGAUGGCGAACCGGCCUCCAGAGCACGCUCUCCACUCCGAAAGCGAUACAGCUUGACGCCGCUCAGGCUGAGUCUCUCAUCACAGGGCUGAGCAAGCGACUCAGUCUCAUCCAAGGCCCUCCUGGGACUGGCAAAUCCUUUAUUGGCGCAUUGAUCGCUAAGACGUUGGUCAGCUAUACGACCGAGAAUAUCCUCGUCCUAACGUACACCAACCAUGCCCUUGACCAGUUUCUCGAAGACCUACUUGAUAUUGGCAUUCCACCAGAUCGUAUCGUUCGACUCGGCCCGAGGUAUACAACAAGGACGAAGCCCCUCAGCAUCUCUGAACAACAGAAUACAUACAGAAUGAAACCAAAUACUUACAAUAUGAUACAGGACGUAAGGUCACAGGCGGAGAGCUACCACGAAGCUCUGAUGAAAAAGACUCAAGCCUUCAAGAGGUUCAGAGCAACGGACGCAAAUAUUCUUGAUUACUUGGAGCUAUCCGAAGAUUCGGAGUACUUCGAUGCCUUCACAGUUCCAGAGGCAGGUGAUGGUAUGAUUCAGGUCCAGAGACGUGGCAAGAAAAUGGACAAACUCUACUUGAUCAAGCGUUGGAUUGCUGGGCAGCAAGCUGGUGUGUUCGAAGCAAGUGCUCGAAGAGAUUUUCCUGCGAUUUGGAGCUUACCAAAGGAUGCGCGCUCCCGGCUCGUGGAGCGAUGGGUAAUGGAGCUCAUCCAAGAGCAUGUCUCCGAGAUCAGCAAUCUUGCACAGAAAUACGACCAGUGUCAGACACGCCUAGAGCAACUUUUCAACGAGAAGACGGCCUCUAUCAUUUCUCAGAAGAGGAUCAUCGGGUGUACCACGACGGCCGCUGCCAAGUACGCAGAAAUGCUUCAAAAAGCGGCUCCAGGCAUUGUUCUUGUUGAGGAGGCCGGCGAAGUACUCGAAAGCCACUUGCUUACCGCUUUGACGCCAAACACCAAACAGCUUGUUCUCAUUGGGGACCAUAAACAGCUGCGCCCCAAGGUGAGCAAUUUCCAGCUUACCAUAGAAAAGGGGGACGGUUACGAUCUGAACAUGUCUUUGUUCGAAAGGCUGAUCACCGCCGGCGUGCCGCAUACUACCCUUAUGCAGCAGCACAGAAUGCGCCCGGAGAUAUCGUCGCUGGUCAGAAACCUGACGUACCCGGAGUUGGAGGACGCACCAAAAACUCUCAACAGACCCCACCUCCGAGGUCUUCAAGACAAUGUUAUUUUCCUCUCGCAUGACCAUCCUGAGCUCAACGCUGAGCGGAUUGCGGAUCGGCGAGACCAAGGGGCCAACAUCAGCAAGGAAAACCAGUACGAGGUUGACAUGGCGCUCAAAUGUGUCCGAUACUUAGGCCAGCAAGGAUACGGCACAGACAAGAUUGUGAUUCUCACACCCUAUUUGGGUCAACUGUUUCUCUUGAUGAAAACAUUGUCGAAUGAAAACGAUCCCGUACUCAAUGAUCUGGAUUCUUUCGAGCUCAUUCGGGCUGGUUUGAUGUCGCCUGCUGCUGCAGAUGUCGGCAAGCAGAAGAUCAGGAUAUCCACGAUAGAUAACUAUCAGGGUGAAGAAAGUGACAUUGUCAUCGCAUCUCUAACCAGAAGCAAUGACGCUGGCGAAAUUGGAUUCAUGGCGUCGCCACAGCGCGUCAAUGUGCUUCUUUCAAGAGCAAAGAACGCGUUGAUCAUGAUUGGUAACGCGAACACCUUCAUGACUAGCCGUAAGGGGAAGGAAGUUUGGAUACCUCUGAUGGAGCAGCUCAAACGAGAGGGUCAUGUAUACGACGGGUUGCCCGUCAAAUGCGAACGCCAUCCCGACAGAAAAGCUCUGCUCACUUCCAAAGAGCAAUUCGAUGUCGUUUGUCCAGAUGGGGGCUGCUCUGAGCCUUGUGGUGUCAUGUUGAGUUGUGGGCAGCACGUCUGCCCUCACCGGUGUCAUCAAUUGCAGGAUCACUCUAAGAUGAAGUGCGAAGCGAUCGUCACCACUAAAUGCCCUCAGGAUCACCAUAUCAAGAGAAGAUGUCACGACCUUGCAGCCGGUUUGUGUCGUAGGUGUGAGGCUGAUGCUCGCGAAACGGAGAGAAAGCGGCAGAGAGAUUUCCUGUUAGACCAAGAGCGUCAGGCCAAGCAGGCGCAGUAUGCGAAGAGAUUGGCUGAAAUUCAGGAUGAGAUUGCUCACGAGAAAAGAGUGUUGAAAGAUAGAAGAGAGCAUCAAGAACGCCUGAAUAGCCUGGCACAGCAGGAGAAGGACCUAGAGGAGUUGAAGAAGAGGAGCAGAGCGGAGAUGAACUCGUCAACCUCGCAACAACGCCAACCAGUUUCGAGCUCUUUAGAGGGACCUAAUGGCAAUAGCGACAAGAACCCUGCAGCCACCAGUCAGUCAAGCUCUGUAGAUGGAACCACUUUGGGCCUCGAUGUCCCGACACCAGCGUCGCCUGGGUCUUCUUUGCCCAGCAAGUGGGACCACAGCGAGUCAAAGGAUGAGUGGGAGGCCCAGAAGAAGCUCGAAGGCGCGGAGAACGAAGCAUUGGAUAAGUUGAUGGACAUGAUAGGGCUUGAGUCAGUGAAACAACAGUUCCUCGAUAUCAAAGCGAAAGUGGACAUGCUCGUCAGACAAGGUGUCUCUCUUCAAAACGAAAGACUAGGGGCGGCUUUAUUGGGAAAUCCUGGGACAGGCAAGACAACGGUCGCACGUCUAUACGCAAAAUUCCUCUCCAAAGUUGGUGCACUCCCUGGAGACUUCUUCUUCGAGACCUCUGGGGCUUCACUGGCUAACGAAGGUGUCACUGCUUGCAAGGACCAUAUACAGAAGAUCCUGGAAGAAGGCGGAGGUGUUUUCUUCAUCGACGAAGCCUACCAGCUUGUUUCCGGAAAUAGUUACGGAGGCGCAGCCGUCCUGGAUUACCUUUUGGCGGAAAUCGAGAACUUGACUGGCAAGAUUGUGUUCGUCCUUGCGGGUUACCAGAAACAGAUGGAAGCAUUCUUCGCCCACAAUCCGGGAAUACCAAGCCGGAUCCCUAUUGAGAUGAAGUUUGAAGAUUACAACGAUGGGGAACUUCAGCGCAUUUUGUGUCACUACAUCAACGCCAGGUACAAGGGACAGAUGAAAGUAGAGGAUGGUUUCGGUGGCCUCUUCAUCCGAAUCGUAGCCCGUAGAAUUGGUAGAGGUCGGGGCCGCGAAGGAUUCGGAAAUGCUAGUGAAGUGCAAAACGUUCUCGCUCGUAUUACCGAACGACAGGCAAAGCGCUUACGCAAAGAGAGGAGGGCUGGCCUACAACCGGUCGAUAAUCUUCUCACCAGACAGGACCUCAUUGGACCAGAGCCGGCAUCCGUGUUAAGGGACAACGCUGCGUGGAAUGAACUCCAAAAAUUGAUUGGUUUGAAGGCUGUUAAAGAGUCCGUCCAGGUUCUUCUUGAUAGCAUCCAAUACAACUACCAGCGAGAGCUUGAGGAGAAGCCCCUCGUCCAAUACUCGCUCAACAAAUGCUUUAUUGGAUCGCCUGGUACGGGUAAAACCUCGGUAGCAAAGUUGUAUGGACGCAUACUGGCUGACAUUGGCUUACUGUCAAACGGUGAAGUCAUUGUCAAGAACCCAGCAGACUUUGUCGGCAGCGUUUUAGGGCAAUCUGAAACCAACACAAAAGGAAUAUUGGCGUCGACUGUAGGCAAAGUGCUCAUAAUUGAUGAAGCUUAUAUGCUUGCUGGUACUUCCGUCGCAGAUCCAUACAAAACAGCUGUUAUUGACACCAUUGUUGCCGAAGUUCAAAGCACUCCGGGAGAAGAUCGUUGUGUCCUCCUGCUUGGAUACAAGGAACAGAUGGAGGAAAUGUUCCGCGAUGUCAACCCUGGGCUGGCAAGGCGUUUCCCUCUGGACUCGGCGUUUGUAUUUGAGGAUUUUGACGACGACGAACUGCGCAAGAUACUGGAUCUGAAACUCCGAAACAUUGGCUUCAAUGCAACUGAUCAGGCCAAAAACGUUGCGAUGGAAGUUCUCAAGCACGCCCGCAAUCGGCCAAAUUUCGGAAAUGCUGGCGAAGUGGAUAUCAUCUUGGACAGAGCAAAAGGUCUUCAUCAGAAGCACCUGUCCUUGGGCAAGGUGAAGGCUCCUGAUACGUUUGAAGCGAUUGACUUCGACCCGGAACACGACCGGGGAGAACGAGCAGCAACAAACCUACCUCAGCUAUUCCAUGAUGUGGUGGGGUGUGAAGAACUUAUCAAACAGCUCCAAGGAUAUCAGACCACGGCUGCAAAUAUGAAGGCUCUCGGCAUGGAUCCUCGCGAGCAGAUACCGUUCAACUUCCUCUUCAAAGGACCUCCUGGCACUGGCAAGACCACAACCGCGCAAAAGAUGGGCAAGGUCUUCUACGACAUGGGCCUACUAGCACAAGCAAAAGUCGUGAACUGCUCUGCAACUGACUUGAUUGGCCAAUACGUCGGACAGACGGGCCCUAAAGUUCAGAAGCUUCUCGAAACGGCUUUGGGUAAAGUCCUGUUCAUUGAUGAAGCUUAUCGACUGGCAGAAGGCGGCUUUGCGACUGAAGCUAUGGACGAACUGGUCGACUGUCUUACGAAGCCGAAGUACGCCCAAAAGCUUGUCACUAUUCUCGCUGGAUACGAUGAAGCCAUGGAUCGUCUUAUGUCUGUCAACCCGGGUUUGUCGAGCCGCUUUCCCGAGUCCGUCAUUUUCAAGCAUAUGGAACCAGAGACUUGUUUGGAGCUGUUAGUCAAGCUCCUUGACGGUUUGAAAAAGAAACAGAAGGCGGCGUUCAAUAUCUCCAUAGUGACUCCUCCUUCGGCCGACCAGAAGGAGCGGAUCCUCGAACUGUUUCAACAAUUGUCGCAAUCCGCUUCUUGGGGAAACGCAAGAGAUGUAAAGUCCCUCGCUAAGGCCAUGUUUGGCACUCUGAUAUCGACACCAAUCCAGCCUGGCGCAGAGCUGAUUCUCACGGAGGCCAUUAUUAUCAACGCCAUGGAGGCCAUGCUUGACGAACGAACUCGUCGUAACGAAGCUGUAGGUACAACGCGGCACACUCCGCACUCGGGACUGCUACAAAUCUCGCAGCAGCAGCAGCAGCAAAAGGCACAGCCUGCUUCCUCUUCGAAAAUUUCGGUGGAAAUUAGUGCACCAUCAGCUCCCACGCAGGAUUCCAUGGAGAAGCCGCGGGAAGCCGGCGUAUCAUUGGCCACGAACACUGAGAAGCAGAAUGUGCAAGGUCCAAAUGAUCGCGAUCCAAAACGGGAUGCCGGUGUCUCAGACGCAGUAUGGCACCAACUGUCUCUGGACAAACAAGCCGCAAUCGCACGCGAAAAGGAGUUCCAACGCCUCCAAGCGGAGAGACUCCGCGAAGAACAGCGCCUCGGCGAUCUAGAGCGAGCCGAGAAGGCUGCAGCAGAAGAGAAAGAGAGACGCCGUCUUGAACAGGAGCGCAUUCGGCUGGAGUUGGAACGGAGAGAGCGUGAGGAGUUGCUGGCAGCGAUGGAGCGUGAGCGAGAAAAGGAGAGGAAGGCGAAGGAGAUGUUGAAGGCUUUGGGCAGGUGUCCUGUGGGCUUUGAGUGGAUUAAGCAGAGUUCGGGGUAUAGGUGUGCGGGCGGGAGUCAUUUUAUGAGUGAUAAGCAGUUGGGCUUGUAG